GUUCACGGCCGACGCCUAUCUCUUUUUUUUCUUUUUUUUUUUUUAAUUUUCUCCUCUCCAAGGGAAGGAGGACGACAGGAGGAUGGUUGCUCCAUCCGGAGGAACCGCCACCGAAGCGGCGGGGAAGGUGGCGGCGAGGCCGUCGGGGAAGAUGGCGGCGGACUUCGUGAUGGGCGGCUUCGCGGCGGUGGUGGCGAAGAGCGGGGCGGCGCCGGUGGAGCGUGUGAAGCUCCUUCUCCAGAACCAGGGGGAGAUGCUGAAGAGAGGCAACCUCCAGCGGCCUUACAAGGGGAUCGCCAAUUGCUUCUCGAGAGUUUUGAGAGAGGAGGGCGUGCUGUCCCUUUGGAGAGGGAACCAGGCCAAUGUCAUCAGAUACUUCCCCACCCAGGCCUUCAAUUUUGCAUUCAAGGGAUACUUCCAGAGCCUUUUUGGAUGCUCAAAGGAGAAAGAUGGUUUUCUGAAGUGGUUAGCAGGAAAUGUGGCUUCUGGUAGUGCUGCUGGAGCAACAACUUCAUUGUUUUUAUAUCAUUUAGAUUAUGCACGGACCCGGCUUGGCACUGAUGCAAUUGAAUACCGAGCUAACAACCAACGCCAGUUUAAAGGACUACUAGAUGUAUACAGGAAGACACUGGCAAGUGAUGGUAUUGCUGGUUUGUAUCGAGGUUUUGGAGUUUCUAUAAUGGGUAUCACUCUGUAUCGGGGCCUCUAUUUUGGCAUCUAUGACACUGUGAAGCCUGCUGUUCUAGUUGGACCAUUAGAGGGAAACUUCUUAGCUAGUUUCAUGUUAGGGUGGACUGUGACAACAUUUUCUGGGGUCUGUGCAUACCCAUUUGAUACACUGCGCAGGAGAAUGAUGUUGACUUCGGGACAACCUUCCAAGUAUCACAGCGCAUUCCAUGCCUUACAACUUAUAGUUGGCAACGAGGGUCUCUCUGCACUUUUUAGGGGAGUUGCUGCUAACAUGCUCUCAGGAAUGGCAGGAGCAGGAGUUCUUGCAGGAUAUGACCAGCUCCAUCGAAUUGCAAGCAGGCAUAUUGCGAUUUGGAGCAACAGCUGAGAGGGGGCUUAAAAUGAUGUGGACCCAUAUAAGAAAUUUGGACCCAUGUUUACCAUAUUCAUAGAUUCUUUUUUUUUUUUUUGAACAAUUCUUGCUGAUGGUGGACACAAAAAGCAAGCCAAAGAGUUACUCUAGCAUUGCUGUCUUACAAUCAACUUCCCAUGUACAUAGGGAGCCAAGGAAACACCCAUCUAAUUCAGAGUAUGUCAAAUGUGUACUCUGUUUUUUCAAUGUAAAAUGGAUAAGUUAUUCUUGUUCUUGUUCUCUUUGUAGUGAUUCCAUUUGCAAUAAAUGAAAAGUUUAAAGAGACAA